ACUUUAGCAUCAGUGUUAUCACUUCAGAUCCAGGGGUUUCCUUCCCAGGGUACCAAGGGCUUUCCAUCCUCCACGCAGGAUAGAAGACGAGUUCCCACGUAUGUGGAGGUCCGCUGUGCUUCUAGCAACAGUCUACUUCUCUCCUCCAGGCAAAAAAUAAAACCACGGGUUUUGGUGACAGGCACCAUGCGCAAUGACUGACUCUGUGGUCAGAUCCAAGCGCUGCACAGAAAUUUAGUCCGCAUCACACCCUGACAGCACCCCGAGAGAGAGGAGAGAGAAAAGGCAGGUCUGGAUUCUCAGUACCUGCACUCUCCUCAUCCUGCAGCAUCACAAUUUUCGACAUUUGAAAAUUUUACUUCCUCUUGUUGCUCCUUUGCUGUAUCCUCUGGCCUGUGGCUGCUGCAGCAUCACUCCAUGUAUUGUCUGGCAGAGACUUGAAGCAACUACUGUGAUAGUGCAGCAUGACGGACACGGUAAUGAGCAGUAGCUCGGAUCGCUGGGUGUCCAACGACAGGCAGAGGAGCAUGCAUGCUAGUGAUAAAGAGCAGGGCAACUGGACCAUGGAGCCAGGCCCUGGUCCUGGUCCAGACCUGACAGAUGAAGAGAAAGAGAUUAUAAACAGUGUGAUUGCCCGUGCUGAGAAAAUGGAGGCCAUGGAGCAGGAGCGAAUUGGGCGCUUGAUAAACCGCCUGGACGACAUGAAGAAGACUGUGUGUGGGGAUGGACAGUCCCGCUGUUUGCUGUGUGGGGAGCAGUUGGGCUCACCUGGGGUCAGCUCAGUGGUGUGUGAGGAUUGCAAAAAGAACAUGUGUACCAAGUGUGGUACACAGUGUAGCAGUCGGCCACGCGCUGUGUGGCUAUGCAAGAUCUGCAGAGAGCAGCGAGAGGUGUGGAAGAGGUCUGGUGCCUGGUUCUUCAAAGGUUUUCCUAAGCAUUUCCUGCCAUCGCCCAUGCCAUUAUCUACACCAAGAGAGACAGGUGCCCAGGAGGCAGCAGAGCCCCAGGGGCCACCAGCCUCUGGGCCCAGGGAGGCAGUUACCCAACCACGACAGCCAGGACCAGAGCUACAGGGCCGUGCUGGUUACCCACCUGUGGCCCCUAAACCAUCAGUUGUACGCAUGGCCACAGGCGGGGCUGGCCCUGAAGAGACGGGGCGGGGCAGCCCAGUGGUGAUGAAGAAGAUGGUGCCCGUCCAGAGCUCCAGACCACAACCUGCUGCAACAGCCACCACGGCCCAGCAGGGUUCAGUGGCAGGAGAUGGGGGGGCCUACUCCUCUGGUGGAGUUCCUCCUGCAGCAAGAGAGGACAGGAGGCAGCCCGCUGCCUACAGUGCUCCUCAAGCUCGGCAGCAACCUCCCCCAGCUGAGGAGGAGGAGGAGGCCAACGACUAUGACUCUGAUGAAGCCACCACUCUGGGCUCUCUAGAGUUCAGUCUGCUCUAUGAACAGGAAAGCAACAGCCUCCACUGUAGCAUCCUCAAAGCAAAGGGACUGAAGCCCAUGGACUCAAAUGGACUGGCAGAUCCUUAUGUCAAGCUUCAUCUGCUGCCAGGGGCUAGUAAGUCUAACAAGCUGCGCACAAAGACACUGAGAAACACCCGCAACCCCGCAUGGAAUGAGACGCUCACCUACCAUGGCCUGACAGAUGAGGACAUGCAGCGCAAGACCCUCAGGGUGUCUGUCUGUGAUGAAGACAAGUUCGGACACAAUGAGUUUAUUGGGGAAACCCGAGUGGCGCUGAAGAAGCUGAAGAUGAACCAGAAGAAAAACUUCAACGUGUGUCUCGAGAGAGUUGUCCCUACGAAGAGAACUGCAACAGCCGGGGGAGCCAGAGGCAUCGCUCUCUACGAAGAUGAGCCAGGGAAAGAUGGCGGAGAGGUAGAGGAGCGCGGUCGGAUUCUGAUCUCCCUCAUGUACAACACCCAGACGAACCGUCUUGUCGUGGGUGUUGUGCGCUGCGUUCACCUGGCCGCCAUGGAUGCUAAUGGCUACUCUGACCCAUAUGUCAAAAUAUGUCUGAAACCUGACAUGGGGAAGAAGGGCAAGUGCAAAACGCAAAUCAAGAAGAGGACUUUAAACCCAGAGUUUAAUGAGGAAUUCAACUAUGACAUCAAACACAGUGAACUGGCCAAGAAGACUUUAGAUAUCUCUGUGUGGGAUUAUGAUAUUGGGAAGUCCAACGACUACAUCGGUGGGUGUCAGCUGGGGAUCACUGCCAAAGGAGAGAGGCUGAAGCACUGGUAUGAGUGUUUGAAGAACAAAGACAAGAAGAUUGAGCGCUGGCACACCUUGUAUAACGAGAAUCAUGUUGCUAGUGAUUAACCACUUGCCCCUCCCACCAUAUAGCAUGAGCUAAAUCCUCUGCUCCCUAUGUUUGCAUUCAUGUCCUAAUGCACUUUUCCCCCAUGUUAUUGUUCUUUCACUACCUGACCAUCACACAGGCUUACUCACCUCCUUAUCCUUGAUAGUAGUCUUCUUUCCUGUCCUCUUAUUAACAGUGUCUCUGCCUGUGCUGAUAUUUAAUCUGAUCUGGGACAAAUCAUGACAUAAAUGAAUUAGAGAUUUCACUAAUGUAACCAAGACAUCUGUCAACGAACAGCUGCACCAGGAUCAUCAUGCCCGUCAGGGAUGUUAUAUAGUGUCUUGAACUUGACACGUUCUUUGCUAAAGAAAAUUAAGUUUGAAUUGCACUGGCACAAAACAAGAAUAGCAAUAUGUUAUGGCAUCUGAGAUCAAAACCAUCGUUCAUGGAAUCCUCCAUUGAGCUCAUGCCUGAAAUUGUCAGGAUAUUAUUUUUUUGAUUUGUCGUGUGAUUACAUCAUGCUGUAGUGUAACACUUGGAACUGUAUAAGCAUGCCAAGCCACAGACAUAAGAAAACACGCAGCCGCACCUUCAAAUAUUUCAACUGUGCCCACUGUCCUGAACAUAUUGUAUAUUUCCAUGAAGAAAUGUUUACAUACUGAUACAUUGCUCAGGUUAGGAUAGACAUCUGAUAUACAGAUGAUUCAUCAUCAUUGUCAGUGAACCAUGAGCUAGAUGAAUCUUUCAUCAGUUGCUGUUAAUUUGUGAAUUAAAAUUAUAGCACACCUAGUUAAACAUUAGGAGUUUCUGUGUAUGGUUAUUCAAGCUGUGAAUUUUUCUUUGUGGGAAGUAUUAACUGUGUGAUAGAGAAACUGAAAAGUGAAGACAUUUUCUUUUCUUAGUUAUGCGGAGAAUUGGCAGGAAAAAGGAUUUUCCUCCUGCUACGUCUACUCUCGGAAGCUCGUGGUUCACUCUGACACCUCAGAGGUUUUCUACUGUAGUGUUUACACUGAAUGCACACGGCCAAGUCCAUUACAGGUUUCCCUAACACAUUUUGCUGCUCCACUUAACAAGGAGAGUAGGUGGAACAGGUUACGUCAUAUGUGCAGCUUUACCUGCAUGCAUUGUGCUUGUGACUCUGGCGUGCCUGGGGCAGUCGUGGCCCGCUUUUACCCCAAAGCACCCUUUGCACAAAGUAGGGCUGUUUCCCCUCUACCACACCUUAGUCUUUCAAGGCUUUGUUCACUAAUCACAGCAAACCAAGGAAAGCACACCUUACAAAGUGGAAUGACCUCAAUUUAUACAGCUGUUUGCAAGUUAUUCCAAUGUCAAAACAAAAACGAAAACAAAAAUCCUAUGCAUGAAAUGUCUUGUGGUUCAAGAUAUAUAUAUAUAUAUAUAUAUAUAUAUAUAUAUAUAUAUAUAUAUAUAUAUAUAUAUACUUUGUAAGAAAUUAAUACUAUUGUAAUUCCAUUAAUGUUUACACUUCUUCCCCAUAACAUUCCAGUUAAUACUUUAUAUACAAGAGGCCAUAUUCUGCAUGACUAUGGUGUAAACUGAAUAAAAUGAUAGCAUCCACAAGAUAGACUAAUUAUCAACUGAGCACAUCAACAAAAAACUUUCAACUCUUAUCAGUAGCAGACAGUGAGAUGAAUCUCAUUCUUUGAAUGAGGCUUUCUGUACAUACACAUUCAAAUCUCUCCAGUGUCUUGUUUUCUCUGCACAGCUACUCUACCCCCCUGUGGCAGUGACUCAAACACCCACCAGUAGCAUCACACACUGUCCUAUGCUGUGCUGCUUCAGCUACUGUGAUCAUCAGAUGAUGAUCAACAUAGAUUAUAAUCAAUAGUUUUUUUAAACAGGCUUCUCUCUGAGCUACAUCCACAGCUGUCUUCUACUUGAUUCUGCCUGUUCAGUGGAAUGUUUCCUGGUUUAUCUCUGUAUUUGUACAUAGAUACUGCAUGCACUGGAAAUAUGUAUGUUUGCAAAUAAAUUUGCAUGUAAAGAUUUUGCAGAGAGUUUACACAGAACAAUAAAAUCUAAUGAAAACUGA